GUCUAGUGGGGUCUCAACUCAGCUUAAGUGCGCGUGGUAGUUCGAUCGCUAGUGCUGGAGCCAAUCCGUCAGUCGGUACCAGACCGUCUCAGUUGGUGGAUCAGAUUCCCUUGCAAGCAAUCGAGAGUGAACGUGAUUGAAAGUGAAGCUGCCCGUGCCUAAAGCUACGGUGGAUUUUCAACCCAAACUCAAGUGUGAAGUUUGUUUUAUGUUUGCCUCGAAGAGUGAUAGAAACUAAGCGCGGAUUAAGCGAUUGUUGUACAAAUAACAGUCGGCGAAGAAAGUGAUUUUUAUUGCUAUCAAACUGAGACGUGUUGAAUUAGUGAACAGUUUUUCAAGAGGAUUGAUUAGGCGCCUCGUUAGGAGAUUUUGAAGUGGUGCUUGCCAACAGAAGGCAGCAGCAGCAGUAGCAGCUGAUUUGCAUACGUUUGUUCGAAGCCGGACCGGAAUCUCGAAGGCAGAAGAAGCGUUGAACCAACGAUCAUCAUGCGGCUUUCACUGCAUCUCAUCGGCAUCGCCCUAUUGCUGUUCUGCGCAGUCGCCACCGCCCAGCAGCAGUUCAAAUCCCAAGCGGCCCAGUUCAGCAACGCCCACAGUUCGGAGGAACGUGAAAACGUUAAAGAUUCAACGCCAGCCGGUGCAGCGAACGUAGCCUACCGGGCUCGUCCAGCCUAUUCGGCCCAGUACAGCUCCGAAGAGGAGGAAGACGAACCCCAACAGGUCUACAACCGCCGCCAACAUCAUCCUCAGGACAAAAAGGGCAAGAAGCCAGCCUACUCGAGCGAAGAGGUCGAAGCCGAAGAGGAACCCGAUCGGUUAUCUCUCCUGUUGGAGAAAUCCGAUUUCCACUGUACGGGACGCACCACCGGAUACUACGCCGACGAAAGUCUAGGCUGCGAAGUGUUCCAUUACUGCCAGGAAAAUCAGAAACACUCUUGGAUCUGCCCGGAAGGCUUUUCAUUCCAUCAGGUGCACCUGAUCUGUAUGCCACCGUCCAGCGACAACAUCUGCGAACAGUCGUCCAAGUACCACUUUGUCAACGAUUACCUCUACAAACCGAUCAACAUGGAAGAACACAUGUCCAAACCAAACGUCACCUUGAGAUAUUCCGAACGCUAUUACCCGGAGAGCUUCUACGUCGAUGAGCGUCACAACGACUACGACCGCCAGCAGCGCGUCCACGAGGAACGUCGUCAGCCCGUUCAACAGCAGAAGCAGCAGUAUCAUGUUCCCCAGCAGCAACAACAGCAGCAGCAGAUCCGCAAGCAACCAGCGUACAACAGCCCGACUACUCCGUCCUACCGGCUAGUGUCGUCCCCGAGCCCGACUCACCAGAGCGCGUACCGCAAUCCGGAGGAGAUCAACAUCUCGCUCCAGCAGAGAAGGCCAACCUACUCGCCGACCACUCAGCGCUACGAAGAGGACGACGAGUACGGUAGCUACGAGAGAAAGUAGGCCCCAUGCCGAGUCACCGUCGUCGUCUAGUGGUACCUUUAAAAGGGCAGUUUAUGUUUUGUAGUUUGUUAAGGACCCAUAGUUUGUUAAGGCUGAGGAGCAAAGUUUGAAUUCUUUUGCCAUUAAAUGCGACUUCCUGUGUACACCUUCUAUAUAGCUAUUUCUGUUGUUCUGCUCUCUGUCUCUUCGUAAAACUUCUAUUUUAUUUGUUUUCUAUCUCGGAUGACGCGUCAGAAGAAAGAAGAAGAACCAUUUCAUAAUAGAUCUUAUACCACUAAGAUACUUUUAUGAACUUUACACCGAUGUUGUAACGUUCUUUUACUGUAGUUACAGAUAUGUUUUAAUAACAUUUUAAACAUUAUUUAUUCCUAAAAUAAA